GUUUUAAUUAACCGACGUGUGCGGAUUACUUCACACCGGUCGCCAAGAACUCGAUGUAGUGGUUUUUAGCGUGUCGUCAGAGAGAUUGUACACACGAUUCCGUGUCUAUGGCAUUGCCGAUCAAUUGCCAGUGAGAUUGUUGGCAGAAAUUGGGAGAAAAAGUAGAGUGGCUGAAAUCGUGUGCGGUGCUGUGCAGAGUCACAUUCUUGGGCCUGUCUCUCCCCAGAGGAUUACAGUGCACUCUUCGUGACCUUAACAAUGGGUCCAAGACGUGAUCUCUAUUCUCAAGUAUGAACGCUCGAGCAGACUUCUCCCUGAGAGAAUUGCGAGCUGUAUAAUUUUCAGUGGAUGCAAAAAGAAGUUGAAGAACUUUGUACAAUUGUACCCAGGGCGAUAAAGCGGCGGAACUCAUGCGAAGAGGAAUUAUGUAAAUUCCAAGGGAGGUCUGGAGCCUGGAAAAAAGGAGACCAAAUACCGUAUCAGGUUCUUUGGGUGUCCGUGUGUGUGCGAGCACUAAUCGUAGAAAAAAUAGAUGAAAGAGUGUUUCUUGUACGAGUGACCCGAGGUUCAGUGAAGAGUUGUGUAAGGAAAGUGUGAAGGAGGUUGAGAGUGAGAGGAAUAUAGGAGGGGAAAAAAGAGCAGUGCAGGAAGUGAUUUCAUGUGAAGACGAUACACUCCCAAGUGAAACAUUUGGAUCCCAUUUUGGAUAUUAAUCCGAGCGGCAAGAAAGAGGAGAGAACAAGGAAUAUUGGAUAUCAAUAUCGUCAUUUUCUCCAGCAAGACAGUCGCCUGUAUUUUUGCCCGCUGCGCUCGGAGAGAUCCAUGAAUGCUGUAGUCUAUGUGAGCAUUCCUGAGCCGCAGUAUGAUAUCUUGCCGACCACGUGGCGUUUCUUCGUGGAAUUUGAUUACGCACCCUUGCAGUGAGCCCUGAAAAUUCAACUAGCGAGCUCACGCGUAAAUCCACAUCCUCCGGACAGAUCCGAGGUAUUAAAUGACAAUCACCUAACAUCCUCCGCGCUUCCGACCAGACAGUAGACAAAUGCGAAAGAUGCCCGAGAUUGGCCGGAAGGCGCUGACACGCCAAGGAGUUCUGGGCAUCGCGUGCGUGCUGGCAAUCCUGACCAACCAUGCUCUCGGCGAGGCUGACUGGGGCCAGACUUGUGGCCCGUGCAGCUGCAAAUGGGUGUCCGGCAAGAAGACGGCCGACUGCCGGAACGCAUCGCUAAGCUUCGUGCCGAAGGAGCUGAGCAGUGAACUGCAGGUCCUGGACCUGUCGCAGAACAUCAUCCCCGAGAUCAAGCGCGAUGAGUUCAGCGAUGCCAAUCUGCAAAAUGUGCACAAGCUGUUCAUGCGCAAUUGCACGCUGCAAGAUGUACACAGGGACGCCCUGAGAGGGCUCAUGAUACUCAUCGAGUUGGAUCUGUCCAACAAUGUUAUUCGCACGCUGCCUGUUGGUGUCUUCAGUGGUCUGAUAAAGCUGAGGACAAUCCUGCUCAACAGCAAUCAAAUAGAGGUGCUGGAGGACAGGCUAUUCGAGAACCUCAAUUUCCUGUAUCGCAUCGAAUUGAAGAACAACCACAUCCGCACAAUAGGACUCAAUACCUUCGUGAAUGUGCCAGUCCUGCUGCAGAUCUAUCUUGACAACAAUCGCCUCAGCGUGCUGAAGAAGGAGUCCUUCGAGCGACUCGAGAAGCUCGCCAGCUUGUCCAUUCUGCAGAAUCCGUGGAACUGCACGUGUGAACUGCAGCCGUUCCGGGAUUUCAUCAUUAGCCACAACCUGUUCACCAAUCCCACUACGUGCCACGACCCGCCCCAUUUGCGCGGAAAAUCGUGGUCGGAUGUGACUUCGGAUAACUUUGCCUGUCGCCCUAGGAUCAUAAUGCCUCGGGCGGGAGCGUCUCUGGACGCUGGCGGAGAGAAUGUGACCCUGACGUGUAGAAUCAGGGGAUCGCCCAAGCCCGACAUCAUGUGGAUCUUCAACAAGAAGCCCCUUAACAGCUACGACACACGAUUACAUGUCCGGAACUCCCUCGAGGCCAGCCACAGGGACAGCAUGGACAACUACAUUUCAGAUCUCACGAUUGUGGGCGUGCGGACAAGCGACAAGGGAACGUACACGUGCGUGGCGUCUAACAGGGGCGGCAAGGACGAGGCGAAUAUCGUCUUGGCCGUUCCCACGAGUCCCUUCGGCGGCGCUGGCUCCAGUUCGGGCCAGUUCUCAAAGCUCCUGCUCAUAGUCUGCCUUAUCACCAUCGGUUUCCUUCUGUUGCUGCUCAUUGUGGUGUUCCUCUUCUGCUGCUACUGUCGGCGCGUGAAGAAGUACAACAAGAAUGGGUCCAUCAGCGAAAAUGGCCUCGUGGCCUCGAAAAUUGACAAAUCCCAGAACGAAUCAAUGCUCGAGGGCGGUUCGGUUAUCAUGGAGAUGCAGAAGAGCCUCCUCACCGAGGUGAACCCCGUGGAGAAGCCCCCGCGGAGAGCGGACGUGGAGUCAAAUGGUGCAAUUGACACAGACGAUGGACAUGAAGUGAAGAAAACACUGCUGGACGAAACGGCCUUUGGCAGUCAUGACGAUGAGACACAGUCUGUUGCACUGUCCGACGCAACGCCACGCUCUCGGCAAACUUUUGUAGAUGACGGCUACGGCACGAAUCUGCCGCCGGACUUGUUGGCUUUUCCGGCGCACUUCUCGCAAACACCGUCGCUGCAGACGUCCAUGAGCAAUGUGCAUGAUGGGCGGCUGUACGGGAAGUCGCCGCUCUCGAGCCCCGUGUAUCAGCCGACCAACCCAAGUGCCGGCAUCUACGCCACCGGCUUCCGGACUCUGCAGCAUCCCGUGAAGGGCGCCGCCAAGGUGGCCAACCACCGCGCCCAGUCGCCCUUCACGCCGGCGCCCAUUCUGUACCAGCCCGUCGUGAUGAAGCAGGGCUAUGUGACCAUCCCGCGGAAGCCAAGAACGCCCAGCUGGAGCGCCUCGGCCACAUCAUCGCCCACAACGACCACAACGGCGGAGUUUCCCGCCGUCGCGACGGCGGACGAGUUCUCGGAGCCGGUGUAUGAUAAUCUGGGCCUGAGAACCACCGCGGCGGGGAACUCGGCGCUGAACCUGAACAAACUGGGCGUGAAGGCGGCGCAGAAGUACAGCAUGAAGGACAGGCCGCUGCCCGCGACGCCAACCGCCACUCUCGGUCAGUACGAGCCGUUGGGACCGGCUCCGGAGUCGGAGCCCCCCUUCAAGGCGAAGCCCACGAAGAUUCCACCCAGGCCCCCGCCGAAGCCGCCCAAGAAGAAGCUGUCGGUGACGAGCGUGGGCAGCACGAGUCAGCUGUUCGAGGACGAGGGUGAGGACGGCACAGAGGUUUAGUGGUGGGAGUUCAGACGGCUCCUGCCGUUGCUCACCGCCUAGGCUCGGCGUCCCGACAAACAUCGUGUGAUUUUACAAUUUACUAUCCGCAACUGUUAGUGUAUGGGGUAAAAAAAAUGAGUAAUUUAUGUAACGUGAGAACGCGAGUGCCAACUAGAGGAAAAAAACAGUUUUCAACAAAACAAAAAACAAAGAGAUAUUCUUUCGGGUGGGAUAAAUUUUGCAUUUGAUUGCAAAUGUGUGUAAAAGUACCUAUAUUUUCGCCCGGAAUACACAAAAAAAACAUAACACACAAUUGACCAACGACAUGAUUUAUUGAUUUUCAACAAGCGGAGCAAAAGUGAUUGUUGAGACGGUUUUUAGCGGAACCAGGAGGUAUGAAUUAAAUUUCAAAUAUUUAUUGGAGAGAGGAAGAUGUGUAAAAAUGAGUGCCUUUCAUCGUUCUCCCGUUGAAGCUGAACAUGUAGUGAGUGUGGUAGAUGCAGAGGUGUUUUCUUUUCUAAGAACAGAGAAUGUAAUUGUGCAGGAAAACCCGCCGAGAACAGGACAUUUGUUUCCCAACGCUGAGCCAACUUCAGCCCAAAUCUUUUGGCAGAUUCUUACUUCUAUCUUCCCAGAACAGUCAUCCAAAAGAACUUCAUCGAAGUGUAUGAUUUUGAACGUUUAGUUGAAAAAAAAAGAGAGAGAGAGAAAGCGCAGAUUUGCUCAAAGUUUGUUAAGCACAAGAAUGAAAAGUUCACCCGAAAUUCUCUAGAAUCAAUCUAACACUUUGUUUUAAAAGUGUUUUUCCCACUAAUUUUAAGGGAUGAAUUUAUAGCAACUGCAAAAUUGUAAAUGUGAAGCGCGUGGGAAUUCCAUUACUUUCGACACUAAGAAUAAAAAAAAACUCUUUCGAGACUGAUUUGUCACUUUUUGGUAUUAGAAGAAAUACGUAUAAAUAUGUACUCAACAAAAUUAUUAUUCAAAAGUACUCAAAAUUCAUGUCACACUUGGUUUUUGUGCAUCUCUUUUCUGAGUUCCUUAAUUUUUUUCCCCUCUUAGGUUUUAAGCUACAACUCGGCAUGGCAUUGAAGAACUAUUUAGUUAUAAAACACAUUCUUAAUUCUAUUUAAAAAAAAAACCUUCCAAUCCUUAGUUUUGUGGGCGUAAAGCAAGUUAGAGGAAAACGUAGCUUUUUAUAAAAUGUGCAGAAGAAAUUGAGACGAUUUUAUGAAUAUAGAAAUGAAAAACUAGGAAUAUUUAAAUUUUUAGCAACUUUUUAUGUCUUAUUUUAUAAUAAUCUGGACUACAGUGCGUACAAUGAAUCCAGUAAUUUUUAGGUUUUUUAUUCGCUGUAUUUUAACACUAUCUUUUAAGUGCAUUUCUAGGCGGACCAGUUUGACCAUUGAACCACAUGUGAAAAAUCUCACAAGAAAUAACAUUUUCUUUCUAAAUAAUCCUGACUUCCAUUAAAUAGACCUAGAAUUGUUGUGUUACAGGUAGUGAAGAAAAGAGAAAAUCUUGAAAUAUUGCAUAGCAUAAAUAAGCAUGUUUGUUUUAAAAGAAUAAAGAAUACAAGAAAUAAGAGACUUUAGUUUUGUAAUUAAUCAUUAAUAAAUUGUACAGUUGAAAACGAAUAUUCAAGUUCUUAUAAACAAUAAAUAAAGAGUAAAUGUGCUUUUUUAUACCUGAUGAAUUAGUUUAAAAAAAAAUAACACCAUCAGCAAAAGUUUAGCAAAAGAAAAAAAAAAACUCCUCUACUUGAACAGUAAACUGACAAAAUUUGUUUUCCCCAAUUUAUUCUUCAUUUUCCGGUGAUAAAAGGAAACAAACUCUUUGAAAAUAUUGUAAAUAGAGCGCAAAAGAGCAACAAUUUACUGUGAAUCAGAUGAAAUAUUUGCUAUAUACCCUAAUAAGAAUAAUGAAAUAAUCUAUAUUAUAAUGAAAAAUAAAUGAGAACAUAAUUAAUAGGUGAAAUUUAAAGAAGACAUAAAUGAUAUAUAAAACUUGCCAACCUCCAUAAUAUAUUUACGAGAAAAAAAAUAUAACUGUAAAAUAUUAUGUUACAUAAAUUAUUCGAAUAAACGAAAAAUUGAGAAGAGGAUAUAAUUAAA